ACACUUGAAAUGUGAGAAUCAUAAUAAAGAUAAUUAGUCAAAAUUUGAUGAACAAGAACAAGAUUUCUUUUAGAAUGAAAAGGAGAGAAAAUAAAAAGGAAGAGCCUAACUUUGCUCCCAAUUAUGGUCGCAUAUAGAGACAGCACAGCUAGGCAUUGGCCUCGGUAGGUGUGCAGCUCGCCUUUAUUUUAAACUUGUAAAAAAAAAAGGGUUGGUAAUGUGUGGUAUGUUUAUGUGGCGGCACCAGAAUCUCCCUCCACUGAUGACUCUUCUCUCCCGCAUUUUAACAAACACCUUCCAUCCACAAAACGACACCCCCUUUUCCCACUAAACUAAUACCCCAAUUCCCCAAAAUCAUUGCCCCAAUUUCAAUGCUGCCCAAACAUGUGACACCCUAAUCAGCAAUUGCCUCCCCCACCCAUUUGACGCCUCUGUUUCUGCUCCCUAUUUAUAUAUUUGCACUGCCUGAAGGAGCCCUCCAGAACCUGCAACAGGAGUUGAGAAACUUAAAGGUGGAGAAAAAGGGUGUCAAUAAUGGCUACCAAGUACCAUGCCAGGUCCAUCAGUUUGCCUUCUAGAUCGCAUCCGAGUACAGUCAAAGUCGAGGAGGAGUUGAGAAAGAUGAAGAAGUGGGAGUCUUCUUCUUCUUCUUAUUCUUCUUCGGUUUGUGGUGCUCUUUUGGGAUUACAGGAAUUGUAUGAUUCCAUUGAUGAGCUUCUCAAAAUGGGGUCGACCCAGCAAGUUUUGGCUCGUUCAGAAAACAGACAGUUGGUGGACGAGUUGCUGGAUGGCUCUAUGAAGCUUUUGGAUAUUUGCAGCUUGGCAAAGGAAAUGACAUUGGAAACCCAAGUACACGUCGGGGCUCUUUUCUCGGCCGUCCGCCGGAGAAAAGGAGACUCUGCCGUUCAAACCGCCGUCGCUGCUUACACCUGCUUCAGGAAAAAGAUGAAGAAAGAAGCUAAAAAGUUAAUAACAUCAAUGAGGAAAAUGGAUGAGAAACUCAACUCAUUAACCCCACUGGUGAAUUUAGACCAUCACCUGAGUUCUGUGAUUGGGGCGCUGAGACAAGCUUGUUCGACCAACAGCUCCAUCUUCGAAUCUGUAUUCUUGUACUUGACGCCAUUAAUGAAGCCGGAAGCCCGAGGGUGGUCGCUGGUUUCGAAGUGGGUGCAUAAGGGGGCGAUUGCCUGCGAAUUAAACAGCGGCAUGAACGAAUUUGAGAAUGUGGAUGCGGCUCUGAGGUCUGUGGAGGAAGUGGUGGAGAUUGAGAAGUUGCAGAUUGCUCAAAGAAGAUUGGAGGGAUUGGAAAUGGCGGCCCAAGACAUUGAGAGCGGCCUGGACGGUGUUUUCAGGCGAUUGAUUAGAACAAGAGCCUCUCUCUUGAACAUAAUCUCGCAAUAGAAUUGGAUUUUGCCAUAGACAAUUUUGAGCUCCCUGAAUCCUGCAAAGGCAUCCAACUUUUAGGGAUCCGCCAUUGGGAUAUGUAACUUGUCCAUAAUACGAUUGUGUGCGCUAUGAGUUCUUGAUCGAAUAACAAGAAUGAUAGUUUAGUGUUUUAAUGAUGAAAUGUCUUGCUUGUUUGAUCA